AAAGCUUCUAGAGCAUCAGCUACAAUCCUAUAUAUAAGUCCUUGGGGGCAUGGCACUCGGAUGGAAGGAGACGCAGAAGGGAAGAUGAAGCAAGACGAUCAAGGAAGAGAGGUACGGUACAGAGGCGUUAGGAAGAGACCUUGGGGCAAGUUCGCCGCCGAGAUCCGCGAUUCCACCAGAAACGGUGCGCGCUUGUGGCUGGGUACUUUCACUACUGCCGAAGAGGCGGCACGUGCUUAUGACCGGGCAGCCUAUGCAAUCAGGGGUCCUUCCACCAUUCUCAAUUUCCCUACCCAAUAUCAAUCCUCAAUUCAUAAUGACUACCCAUUUUCUCCGGCGUCGACGGGGUCAUCGUCGUCUUCCUCCUCCUCUGCAUUUGAUAAUGCAGAGAAUUCGAAGGAGAGGUCCAAUACUACUACUACUGGGCCGCAUCCGCAUGGGAAGCAAGUCGUCUUUGAAAUUGAGUGUCUUGAUGAUAAGCUGUUAGAAGAUCUUCUUGGUUGUGAGGGAAAUAACAACAAAUAGUGAACAUGCACUUGUUUCCAACACAAUAACUACGUACAUCUUUCGGGGCUGAAAGCCGGAGGAGACUCAGCGCCCAGAAUCCGAGAUAGUUCCACUCUCCCUGUUAUCACACGCUUUCUGUUCCCCAUUUCAUUUCAUUUCUUUUUUUUUUAUUUUUUUUAAGAAAAAUCUGGGAUUUUCAUUGUAAGUUUGUAACUAUAUAAUUUUGACAAUUGGGUGAACUGAUCAGGAUGGUGUUCUGAACUUCGUUUGUUCGG